UUUUACUUCUUCCGCCUGUCAAUUUUACCAUUAAAGUUACUGGUUUAGCUCAAGUUCUUUUGAGUUGGAGCCCAAAUCCUCAUCAAGAGCAAUGGAACGUUAACAUAGAAUAUCGUGUGAAAAUAAAUGUCCCACAAGAAGAAGAAUAUGAAACCAGGAAGACUGAAAGCAAGUAUGUGAGCCCCCUUCAUCAAGGCUUCUCAGCAAGUGUGCAGAGCAUUCUGCCAAGAGAUGGUUCCUUCCUCACCAGCAGCAGCAGCAGCUGGGUUUCUGCUGAACUUCAAGCUCCACCUGGGUCUCCAGGAACCUCAAUUGUGAAUUUAACUUGUACCACAAACACUGCGAUAGAUAAUUACACACACUUAAGGCUAUACCAAGUUUCUCUUCGCUGCACCUGGCUUGCUGGCAAGGAUGCCCCUGAGGAUACUCAGUAUUUCCUCUACUAUAGAUAUGGCUCUCAGACCGAAGAAUGCCAAGCAUACAGCAAAGAUGCACUGAACAGAAAUACAGCGUGCUGGUUUCCUAGGACUUUUAUCAAGAGCAAAGGACACGAGUGGCUUGUAGUGCAUAUUAAUGGUUCAAGCAAGCAUGCUGCAAUCCAGCCCUACGAUCAGCUGUUUGUUCCCUAUACCAUUGAUCAAGCAAAUCCUCCAAUGAAUGUCACAGCUGAGCUAGAAGGAACUCGUCUAUAUAUCCAUUGGGAGAAACCAGUUUCUCCCUUUCCAACCCAGUGCUUUGAUUAUGAAGUGAAAAUUUACAAUGCAAUGAAUGGUUAUUUUCAGGUGGAAAAGGUGUCAACCAAUAAAUUCAUCUCAACGAUUGAUGAUGUUUCUAACUAUUCCAUUCAAGUGAAAGCAGCAGUGAACUUUGGAUGCAGAGAAAACGGGCUAUGGAGUGAAUGGAGUCAACCUAUUUAUGUUGGAAAGGAUGAGCAGAAGCACUUGGCAGAAUGGCUUCUCAUUGUGCUCACAGCAGCCAUCUGUUUCCUCUUGUUAAUUCUCUCAUUCGCCUGCAGAAUGUGUCACUUAUGGACCAAGUUGUUUCCUCCAGUUCCAGAACCAAAAAACAACCUCAAAGAUCUCUUUGUGACUACCAACUAUGAGAAAACCGGUUCUGGUGAAACAGAAACUGAAGUUAUAAGCUAUGUGGAUGAGCCUGGCUUGGAGGUCUUGGAAAAUUCUGUGUUUUGA